CUGAAUCGCCAGAAACCUCCACAAUGGUGCCGCCUGCAAAGCGACGCAAGCGCGCCAUCGUCGACGAUGAUUCAGACGACGACCAAGAGGACAAAAACAAAAACACCCUGAGGCGCUUCCUCGUCCCCUCUCCCAAUAAGAGCCAGGCAAACAAGUCUCCGACCAAACUCUUUACCACCGCUACCUCAAGCAGUCACAAUGCACCCACCGCAGACUCACCGAACCCAAGUCCGAUCCGCAAGACAACCACCCGCGCGGCCACCGCAUGCUCCUUAUCCUCCAACCCCCCGACGCCGACAACGCGCAGCCCCAGCACAAGCCCGCUAAAAUCCCGCACAAGGGCAGGCACCCAACGGAAACGCAAGGCAGCAGAGACAGCAGAACAAGAAAAGAAGCCCAAAUCCGCCGACCUCCUGACCCUCUUCUCGAAGCAGGCCCAGCGAAGUCAAAGCCAUGACCCGAUUUCAGAGAAUGGAGGGGACAAAGUGGAGGAUGACGACGACGACGUCCCGCUGAUGGUGUCGUCCGCCGCGGCGGCGUCGAGUCUUGUCGGCAGGGCGCAGGCUGCGCACCGGAGGUUCGCGGGGAAGGGGAAUGGCAGUGCGGUCGUGGGUAGUCAGCAGCGAGGGGGUAUUGGAACAGCAGCAACACAAUCGACGGCGGGUGGGCGAGGGGCCGCAGGAGGUGGCGGGCAGAGAUUCAUUCUCCGCGCCGGUGCAAUCAAGACAACAACAACAGCGGCGGCAGACAACGGGGACGGAGCGCGGCCGUGGUCGGAGCGGUUUGCGCCGACCAGCCUGGACGAGCUGGCCGUGCACAAGCGCAAGGUGCAGGACGUGCGGCGGUGGCUGGACGAGGUGUUUGCCGGCCGCAUGCGGCAGCGGCUUCUGGUGCUCAAAGGUCCUGCCGGGUCGGGCAAGACGACGACGCUGCGGCUGCUGGCGCGGGAGGUGCGGUGCGACGUGCUCGAGUGGAGGAACCCGGCAAGUUCGUUUGGCGUCACUGGCCAUGGGUACCAGUCCGCUGCUGCGCAAUUUGAGGAGUUCCUCGGGCGGGGAGGCAAGUUUGGGCAGCUGGAUGUUGAGUCUGACGGGGCGACGCCGCCGCCUAUGGGGCCGCCUCCGCCUCCAAGCGGGAAGCCUCAAGGGGCGGAGCGGAGGCUGAUACUGGUGGAGGAGUUUCCGAACACGUUUAUGCGAUCAUCGGCUGGGUUGGUUGCGUUCAGGAACGCCAUAUUGCAGUUUCUUGCCGCCAACACGCCCACGUUGGCUGGGCUUGGAUUCGGCCACAACUCAGAGCCCGUCACACCGAUCGUCAUGGUCAUCUCGGAGACGCUGCUUACAACAACCUCGGCUUCAGCGGACAGCUUCACGGCUCAUCGGCUGCUUGGUCCGGAAAUCCUGAAGCACCCAGGCACUGGUGUCAUUGAGUUCAAUCCCGUUGCGCCUACGUUCCUAACGAAAGCGUUAGAGCUCGUGGUGCAGAAGGAAGCCCGCAAAUCAGGGAGGCGACGGACGCCUGGGCCUCUUGUGCUUCAGCGGCUAGGGGAGAUAGGCGACAUUCGGAACGCCAUUUCGUCUCUCGAAUUCCUCUGUGUGAAGGGGGAUAGCGAGGCGGACUGGGGCUCCAAGGUCGCAUUCACGAAACCAAAACGAGGGUCCAAGGACAUACCGGCGCUUACCAAGGGCGAACAAGACAGCCUCGAGCUAAUCUCCCAACGGGAGGCGACCCUCGGGAUUUUCCACGCCGUCGGCAAGGUCGUCUACAAUAAAAGGGGUGACUACCCCGCCGGCUCGCCCGAAGCGGCAGCGGAGGUCCUCCCGGACUACAUGUCGCACCUCGCCCGGCCGAAACGGUCAGAGGUUGCGGUCGAUGCGCUCAUCGACGAAAUCGGCACCGACACGCACACCUUCAUCUCGGCGCUUCACGAAAAUUAUGCCCUCUCUUGCGAACAGAGCAGCCCACUCGACCACAACUCGUCUCUCGACUACAUCAAUGGCUGUCUCGACUACCUGUCGGGAAGCGAUCUCCUGUACCCCUCUUGGGAUAUCUUCUUCGGCGGCAGGGGUUUUGGUGGCGGUGGUGGCGGAGGUGGAUACAGCGGCAAGGACUCGGGCAGCCACAUCCUGCGGCAGGACGAGAUGGCAUUCCAGGUAGCCGUGCGCGGCCUGCUGUUCUCGCUGCCGUCGCCUGAGGAGCUGGAGGAGCUGGUCGAUAUGUGGGCGAACAAGAUGUUGAAGGGAGAGGAUGGCGGGCCCGGGCCGCCGCCGCAGCCGCUGGGGUAUGUGAACGAUGGAUCGUCCGCGUUUCGCAAGACGAAUGGAAGUAAGAGUGGGCUUGCUGGCAACCAGGUUGCAAGGCAGGUCAAAAAGCUUGAUGAACAGGAUCAUUCGCAUCCCCAACCUCUUCUCUCGCUCGGAAACGCGGCGCGCCAGGAAUUGCUCCUCGAACGGCUGCCGUACAUGGCUCAGAUAGCCCGACGCAAGCGGUGCACUUUUGGAACGAUGAGGAUUAGGGAUCUCGACAAGGUCGUUUCCUUCCAGGGCAUCGGCUCGCUGGGGGCGGGUGAAGAUGAGGGCGAGGACGGUCCAGACGAGGAAAGCGGGGGCGUCGCCGGAGCCGCGGAGUCCUGGGCCACCGACAAGCCUACCGAGGAGGGUUCGCCACGAAAGAGGAGGGGUCUGGGUGCGAUACUGAGUGGCCGAGCGGGGAGAGGCAAGAAUGAAAUGGAGGAGGCGCCAAGUCUUCCGAUGCAGAGUCUAGUGAUUAGCGAUGAUGAUAUCGAGGAUGAUUAGAUGUGAACCAUAGAUGCUGAUGGCUUAGCUUGGUAGAAAAAUUUCGCUCUGGAAAUUCAGCGGUGGGUCUGGCGUUAGGUUGUAUCGUGGGAUUAGGCAGGACACAAUAUUUGCAAGCUUUUGUGCGCAAAUCGCUCUUGUAUUGAAUCAACCUCGUUGUUUCGUCCUGAUGAAGCCAAUG